GUCUGUCUCCAGCCAGCUGAGCUGAUCCCCCGGAAGACACGCACAUUAGUCCCACCUCGCCCAGCGGGGAGCUCAUCACCCACCUUAUCACCCGCAACCACCACGUCGUCCGUCCUCCCCUGCGCUAUAUAUCCCUCUCCCCCUCCACCUGCGCCUCCUCUCCUCCGUUCCCUUUUCUUCCUCAGCUCCGGCGGCAGCGAGCGUAAGAGCGGCGUGCGAGCUCCGGCGGCAGUAGCAGUGUGCGUGCAUGACGCGGCCGCUGCUGUAGUUUAGUUUACAGAGGUUUCUGCCGGCCAUGCAUGCGCAGAGGGUGAGCGGCGAGCAGGCGGGGCCGGCGAUGCCGUGCGAGAUCGCGGCCGACGACAUGCCGGCGGCGAGGAACGGGCACUACAGGCCGGGAAAGGCGGUGACGGCGUCGGUGUACCGCGCCAAGGUGGCCGGCCACUCGCGGGUGGUGACGGUGUCGUGGUCCCGGGACCUGCUGUCGCACGCCUUCGCCGUCGCCAUCUCCGGCGCGGACGGCGCGUCGGCGGAGUGCCGGGUGGACCUGCGUCCGUGGCAGUUCUGGCGGCGCGCGGGGUCCCGGCGCGUGGACCUGGGCGGCGCCACAGUGCGCGUGCUCUGGGACCUGCGCCGCGCGCGCUGGCACGGCGCCGGCGCGGGCCUCCCGGACCCGCGCGCCGGGUAUUACGUCGCCGUGGAGGCCGGCGGCGAGGUGGCGCUGGUGCUCGGCGACCUCCGCAAGGCGGCGCUGCGGCGCGCGUCGCCCAGCGCCCCGCCCGCGCUCGCCGCCGUCCCCGUCGCGCGCAGGGAGCACGUGUUCGGCCGGCGGAGGUUCGCGGCCAAGGCGCGGUUCCACGACCAGGGCGCCGUCCACGACGUGGCCAUCGACGUCGGCGGCGAGGAUGACAUGGAGAUGGCCAUCGCCAUCGACGGCGAGGAGGCGGUCGCCGUCAAGCACCUGCAGUGGAAGUUCCGGGGCAACCAGUCCGUCACCUUCGGCCGGGCCAAGGUGGAGGUGUACUGGGACGUGCACGACUGGCUCUUCGCGGGCGCCGCCGGCGGCGCCCGCCCGGCGCUCUUCAUCUUCCGCCCCAUCGUGUUGUCCAGCGCGUCCGUGGGGGCCUCCACGCCGCUCCUCGCCGGCGUCGACGGCGCCGCGGGCGCCACCGGGUUCUGCCUCUACCUCUACGCCUGGAAGCUCGACUGAUCGAUCCACAAUUCGUUCGAUCCAUCAUAGACAUUGUCCAUCCUCCUCCUUAUCAUCAUAAAACAAAAAUGUGAAACCAAGAUGAGUGCAACGUAGUAACAAUUUUCUCCGAUUUUGUAACUCUUUCUUGUUCCGGAAACGGCAUAAUUGAAUAUAAUUCUUUCAAAAACCACACAAACAUAGUGGUUCACUUCAA